UAACACAAGACACAAGAUACAGUCACUGAAACUGCUGAAGCUCAUGAAACACCUCAGGUCAUGGUCAGCAGCUGAGUUCACUGAAUGCAUUUCUAGACACUUUUAAUUUGAAAGACUUUAGACAUGGGGACUAACUCAGACCAGAGGGAAGGGUACAUGCCAAAUGGGCAUUCAGAAAACGGGAAGACAUCAGCCUUCAUCCCUGACAUGGAGCUCCGGGAGGAAUGGCAGGAUGAGGAGUUCCCCAGGCCUCUUCCUGAGGACACACAGAGUCCUGGUGAUGAAGAGGAAAGCCCUGGAGCUGAGGGAAACAGGCCUGUCCCACCAACUAGCCUGGCCCUCACAGGUGAUGCCGUCAGGAAGAAGCGACUAGUGGCGCCCACUCUUAGUCUAACACUGGACAAAACCUCUACUGACCGGAGCGUGAAAUCUGACGAGUUUGAAGCCUCUGCUCUUUCACCAUCUCUUGAUGAUGACCCAGAGAUGGACAUUAACCUGGAAGCCCUAGAGACACCCUCAGACAGCGAGUCUUACAACUUCCCAGACAGCAUGCACGACUUAGAGUGGGAAGAUGAUCUUCCCAGGAUGGGCAAAGCAGCGAUCAGAAAGGCCAGUUUACUGGAGCAUGCAGAGAUGGGACACCUGGACUUGGAUCAGGUGGACAGCAAUGGGCGGCGAUGGAGGCGUUUCCAUAUUGGCGGCCAAGACUACCAAGUCAACAUGAGCGUUCUGGAGCCGUACCUUCAAGUUCUUUCCCACGGAGGAUAUUAUGGUGACGGAUCGACAGCCAUCAUCAUGUUCACUUCCUGCUACCUACCAGAAAACACAACAGAACACUAUGAGUAUGUGAUGGACAAUCUCUUCAGGUACAUCAUUGGCACGUUGGACUUGAUGGUGUCUGAGAGUUACAUACUGGUGUAUCUGUGUGGAAUGGCCCCUCGCAAUAAGAUGCCUGGGAUUAAGUGGCUUCGACAGUGUUACAUGUCCAUCGACAGACGGUUGAGGAAAGAACUGAAAGGCCUCUUCGUGGUUCACCCGGCCUGGUACGUGAGAGCUUUAAUCACAGUCAUCAAACCCUUCAUCAGUGAGAAAUUCGGCAGGAAGAUGCGCUUCAUCCACAGCUUGCAAGAACUGGCAGAGUUUGUUCCUGUGGCCCAGCUGCAAAUCCCAGACUGCAUCAGACAGUAUGAUGAGCAGAUGAACAGGUGAAGGUGUCUGAUGGGAAGAGAGCAGAGGUGUACAUACUUUAUAGACUUCACACUGGGGUGACAUGCAUGUGGGAAUUGGAGCUGGCUGGGGUUAAAGGUCAAGCUUGAGGGCAAAUGCCCUAAUGACAGAAAAACAGCUUCCUACCAGAAGAAUCUUUGAUGAAAUACAAAAAGACAGUGUUGUUCUUCAGAGAGAAACAGCCGUGUCAUGCUGUAAGGCAGGUCAGGAGAGGUCUGUGUGCAACAUGAAAGCCUGUUUGACGUCAUUGCAUUUAAACUGUUACACAAAAACAGACAAACAUGUUUCCCAGACUCUAGAAAAUGACAAUACACCCUUCACUCUUCAUAGAACCUAUUCUAUUUAGGCGUGAGAAAUGCCAAUAACAUUUCCUUUUGGAUUUGUGGUGAACAUACCCAAAUUAGGAUAAAUAUUAGUUUUAAUAUUUGCACUAAAUUGUUACAAAAUCUUGUUGUAUGCAUGAUAACUGAAACCUGUACGGAAUAUGUGUAUGAUUUAAUCUCUCUAAAUCUACUAUCUGGCUUUUUU